AUGUUCUACAGAAAUGCAUCAUGGAAAGAAAACUAUCAAGGAGAAUUCAUAUUAUUGGGAAUGGCUGACCGCCCAUAUUUGGAGAUGGUGCUCUUUGGACUUGUUCUGACCUGCUACAUGAUGAUCCUGUUUGGCAACACAACCAUCAUUGUGGUAUCAAGAUUAGAUCCCCAUCUCCAUACCCCUAUGUAUUUCUUCCUCAGCAACCUUUCCUUUCUUGAUAUUUGUCUUACCACCAGUCUUGGGCCGCAUAUGUUGGUGAACUUCUGGAGAAAAAGCAAGACUAUCACGUAUGGUGCCUGCGUGGCUGAGUUAUACAUCUCUCUUGCUCUGGGCUCCACGGAGUGUGUUCUGUUGGCUGUCAUGGCCUAUGAUCGCUAUGCCGCCAUCUGUCAUCCACUGCGUUAUACUACCAUUAUGAGCCAUUCUCUGUGUUUCACAAUGGCUGCUAUCUCAUGGGGAAGUGGCUUCAGCAAUUCAGUAGUACAGACAGUCAUGACCCUUAGUCUUCCACGUUGUGGACAGAACCAGAUAGACAACUUUUUCUGUGAGGUACCAGCCUUGAUCAAAUUGGCCUGCGUGGACACCUCUGUUAAUGAGGCAGAGCUCUUUGUCUCAAGUGUGGUGAUCCUUCUACUACCUCUGGGUCUCAUAGCAAUCUCUUACAGCUACAUUGCUGCUGCUGUACUGAGGAUCCGUUCAGCUGAAGGGAAGCGGAAGGCCUUCAACACCUGUGCCUCCCACUUGAUGGUGGUGUCACUCUUCUAUGGCUCAGGUAUUUGUGGUUAUCUCCGAUCUCCGUCCAACUAUUCCCGUGACCAAGGAAAGAUUAUUUCCCUCUUCUAUACCUUUGUCAACACCAUGCUUAAUCCACUGAUCUACACUCUGAGGAACAAAGAGGUACAUAAAGCCAUUCAAAGAAUCCUGUGGCAUGAAAUUCGACCUGGGAUUCAGUCUGCCGUUCUGGUAUUCUGA